AUGAAAAUUCGGAAGCACGAUUUCGUCUUGAUUGACGAUGAAAUGAAGUGCAGGCUGCACAAGGUGGUGGACAUGAAAAUUAAAAUUAAAAAAAAUUACCUCAACCUAAUCUUCCUUGUGAAUAAAAAAUAUGGAUCCACAUACACAUACAUAAAUAACAAAUGGGUUAGAUGUAAAAAAAGUAAAAAUAAAUUAGACAUUGAUUUUUAUACAGAUAUUAAAGGAACAAACAAAGACAUUUUUCAGCAUACGAAUUCUCAAAAAUUAACUGAAGAAAAUAUUGCAGAGCUGAAAGAUAAUGUGUGUGAGAAUCCAUACGAAGUUAUACAAAAGUUGGUCGACAAUUCUUCCACUUACAAGGAAAAAACUGUGAUCUCGAAAUUCAAAUACGUGGAGAAGAAGCUGAAAAGGCACUUGUGUCAAUUUACUGUGUAUGAAUGUAGCAUUGUGAAUUUGGUGAAUUUUUAUUACAAAUAUUUUCCUGAAAAAAUUUCCUCCGUUAGGGUUGAUUAUCUCGCCAAUUUGUUGUUCCACUUGAAUAGAGACGUCCUUUUGUCCACGCGGCACGACUCCCAGGGGACGCAGCAACACACGCAGCAACACGCUCAGCAAAAAGGCGAGCACGGAGAUGAAAAAGGCACCGAAGAAUGCGCCGAAGAAUGCACCGAUGAUAAGGAACACACACAAAUGCUCCAUGAGGAAGCGGAGAAAACGGCGAAACCGGACGACAAUGCCAGCUCACACCAGUCCCUGUCCACGCAAAAACCGAAUGUACUCAUUUAUGACGACUCCUUUGGUUUACUGAUCAGUGUGCUCAACAUUAUUUAUUCUAAUCAUGUUAAUAUUUUUUCUCUUGUUUAUAAAAAUGCUUCUAAUGCUAUCAUCCCUAGCUUUGGAAUUGGCAAAAGCACCAACGUCGCCAAGGUUAGCAUCCUGCAUGCGUCACACGCGACACGACUGAACACCGGGGAGUGGCUCGCCAUCGACGGCAGGUGUGAACUCGUUGGGAAAGAGGCAGUACAGGGGGCACUAGCAGCAGCAUCAAAGGGGGGUGAAGCGGCUACAGAAGAUGACGUGGUUGAACAAGACGACAUAGCCGAAGUGGAAUGUCGCAAGAGGACAAUAGACCAGGUCGACCACCCUAAUGAUGGAGGGCACGACCAUGCUGGUAACCCCCCAAACAAGCGUGCAAAGAACGCCCACGAAGCGGAGGACCACGAAAUCACGUCCAACAAACAAUCACAUCUUCAACACAUGCUGAUAGACCACAUGAACAGCAGAGGAGCGGAAGCAUUCGUUGUAAUCAUAUCAAGUGACUUCAUUUACCACACAAACACAGAUGUGCAUCUCCUCGUCGACACGCUCAUAAAGGUGUCUUUAAAAUUUCUGAAGAAUGAUAGCAAGCUAAUUAUUCAGACGGACGAUUUAAAUGUGUGUAGCUUAUUCUUAAAGGGACUAAUGGACACCAAUUCUUUUAUAAAUAUAAAGCUUAAUGAAUUUGUGUUACGAGAACAACAGGUCGUGAAACGGCGAACGCAUCCAGUCAUAAAAAAUGCCAAGCUGGCUGAUGGCUUUUUGUUAACUGCGCUCAAGGUCGAGAGAGGAGCAACCUAA